AUGUUACGACUGCAAUUGAGAAAAGCUUGUGCAAUGUCUGAUCACAAGGCUAAUUACCCACAUGAGUUUGUGAAGUUUCUAAAUGCUUGCCCUACGCCUUAUCAUGCGGUGCAUGAGAUAAAGAAACAUUUUGACGAAUAUGGAUUCAAAGAGCUGUCAGAGCGCCAUUCGUGGGAUGGCGUACUGACCCGUGGCGGCGGCUUCUAUGUGACCAGGAAUGACUCUUCUAUUCUUGCCUUCACUGUGGGUUGCCAAUGGGCGCCUGGAAACCCCAUCGCGAUCACAGGGGCGCACACGGACUCCCCUGUGCUCAAGAUAAAGCCUGUGUCCAAACGCUCAAGCGAAGGUUACGCACAAGUUGGUGUCGAAUGCUAUGGUGGUGGAAUCUGGCACUCUUGGUUCGAUGCUGACCUUUCAAUUGCUGGCAGAGUCAUGGUGAAAGACCAGAAGACAUCGAACGUUCGCUCCAUGCUUGUGGACCUCAAGCAGCCUUUGCUCAAAAUUCCAACUCUUGCAAUCCAUCUCGACCGCGACGUCAACCAAAAGUUUGAAUUUGACCGAGAGAACCAACUGUUGCCUGUGGCUGGGCUUGAAAGUCAGAGUUCUGAAAGCAGUAAGAGCUGCGAACAGGCGGCCCCACAAGAAGGUGAGUUCUUCUCAAUCAAGGCUGUGGUUGAGAGGCACCACCGUGAUCUAGUGGAUUUGGUGGCUGAGGAACUCGGAAUCGAGGUCACGCAGAUUGAAGACUUUGAGUUGACGUUGUAUGACCACAAGCCCGCUUGUCUCGGCGGAUUGCACCGCGAAUUUGUGUUUUCGGGCCGCCUAGACAACCUGACCUCAUGCUUUACUUCCAUGCAUGGUCUCACCGAGGCUCUAAAAACGGGGCUAGAAAAAGAAUGCGGAAUCAGAAUGAUGGUCUGCUUCGACCACGAGGAAAUCGGAUCUUCAUCAGCGCAGGGCGCAGACUCCAACUUCUUGCCAGCGAUUCUUGAAAGAAUUCUACGCUUCCCAGCAAUUUCCGACAAGAGCGGUUCCCAGCAUGAUAGUUCUUUGCAGAUGUCUGUCGCAAGGUCCUUUUUCUUAUCCUCCGACGUUGCGCACGCGGUCCACCCCAACUACGCGAACAAGUAUGAGUCAAAGCACAAGCCUGCGAUUGGCCAAGGUCCUGUUAUCAAGGUCAACGCAAACCAGCGUUAUAUGACGAACUCUCCAGGGCUUGUUCUUGUUAAGCAUAUCGCCGAGCGUGCCAAAGUUCCUUUGCAGUUAUUUGUUGUUGCCAACAAUUCACCAUGUGGCUCUACAAUAGGGCCAAUUAUAGCCUCCAAAACCGGAAUCAAGACUUUAGACCUCGGAAACCCGAUCUUGAGCAUGCAUUCUAUUAGAGAAACUGGGGGAUCCGACGACCUAGAGUGGCAGAUUAAGCUAUUUUGUGAAUUUUUUGAGACCUACUCAACUUACGAAAGCAAAGUGUAUGAGCCUUCGACCUAA